AUGGUAGAGUGCCGUUUGACCAAUCCAGGAAACCUUAAGAAGAUCCUUGAUGCUCUUCGUGACCUUGUCGAAGAAGCUAACAUCGAAUGCAGCGAAACAGGACUCUCUCUUCAGGCUAUGGAUACAGCUCACGUUGCCCUCGUCUCAAUGAACCUUAACGCCAAUGGUUUUGAGAAGUACAACUGUGCUCAGAACACAUCCCUUGGUGUCAAUCUCGGCGCCAUCCAAAAGAUCUUGAAGUGCGGUGAUAACAAUGAUGUUCUUACAUUAGAAACAAACGAGGAUCAGUCCUGCCUCAAGUUCAAGUUCGAAAACUCAUCUUCUGAUCGCUACUUCGAAUUCCAGAUGAACUUAAUGGAUAUCUCAUCAGAACAUCUUUCUAUUCCAGAUGCAGAGCCAGAAGCUACAAUCACACUUGGAUGCAGUGAAUUCCAGAAGAUCUGCCGCGAUCUCGCUCAGUUCGGCGAUACAGUUAAGAUCACAGUAGAAAAGUCUAGAGUUUCAUUCGCUGUUGCUGGUACAAACACAAACUGCUGCCUUAACUACUCUAACUUCGAAUCCGCUGGAAAGGACGGAUCCCAAGUCACAAUCCAGUGCGAGGAUAAGAUCGAGCUUUCCUUCGCUCUCCGCUACCUUAACUUAUUCACAAAGGCUGCCCCACUUUCAGAGAAUGUUAAGCUUUGCCUUUCUAAUGACCGUCCAUUCCUUGUUCAGUUUGAUCUUGAGGACGAAGCUGGCGAUAUUAAGUACUAUCUUGCACCAAAGGUUGAUGAUAAUGAAGAUGAAGAGUAA